AUGAAGCUAAAUACUCCAGAAAUAGCUUGGCAUGGAAAGGAACCAGUGUUGAGCGUAGAUUUUUGCAAAGUUGGGUCAAAGUGGCGACUUGCUUCAGGAGGAGCAGACAAUGAUGUCAAGGUGCGCUAUAGAUCUGUGAUAGAAAUCUCAGAAAAUAACCUAAGCUUGAACCUUAUUAUGUUUGUAUUUGAUGUAUCAUAUCCUUUGCUCCUUAUGUUCUAAUUUAUUCUUUUUCUUUUCGUUAGAUCUGGUCGAUUGCUUCGAGUGAUGAUCAGCAUUCGCAGAUAGAAUUUUUAGCCAAUUUGAGUCGCCAUACGAAGGCCGUCAACGCUGUAAGAUUUUCACCCACAGGUAAUGAUGCUAACUAUGUAAAAAAUGAAUAGAGCCUUCCAGUUUUGGGAUCCAGGCAUCCCUAGCUACAUGUAUCAUAGUGGAUGUCAUUCUCAUCGAUCUCAAUGCAACAAACUGAGCAGCGAUUUUCAAGUCAAAAAUUAAGCUUAAUUAUAGUUAUUGUUCCCUCAUUGUUGUGACCCGUGCCCCAACCUUUCUGCAGGCCACUGAAAGGUAAUAUUGCUGAUCGCGAUCAUAAGGUGUGGAAAAUUAAUGUAGGCUUGAUGAAGAGUUCUUCGUUCUACAUUAUUCCAAGCUGGCGGAAAAUGGGGAAGUAUGGGUGGUUUGGACUUUUGCCUGCUUCAAACAUCCUUUUUGUUGCUCCUACAGAAGAGAUUCUUGCAUCUGCUGGUGAUGGUAAGUUAGUUCAUGAUUCUCAGAAACAUUGCUUUUAAUCUUCAAUAUUUUGCUAAUCUUUUGUAUGUUGUAUUUCUAUAAAAUGGGAAACUUUUAGACCACCAAAUGUUACAAAAGAAAAAGAUGAAAAUAUAGGAAAAUAAAAGACUCGACAAAAUCUAGAUUAGAUCAACCCCUGCAAGUCUCUUUUUAUUGACAAGAGGCUGGGAAUAAGGUCACAGGGGUGGGUCAGGUUUAUAGUAAUUUUCUUAUAAAUCUAUCUUGUGAACCUUUUUAUUUCUGAGGGGGUCAUGCAUGUAUAAAAUGUGCGACCCGUUCACCCAAACCCAUUGUAGCCUGUCUCGUGGUGAAAACACGUACUCCACCAUUAAAUACACCGUCAUAUCCCCACUGAUCAAUAAAUGAAAAGUACCGGUACAUAUACCUCCCUCAACCCCACUGCCUGGAGUGCUCCAAAUUUCUUUGCAUGCCAGGCUUAGGGGCCUGUUUAUAUGGGGUGAACCAGCCCAGUUAGCCAGGCUGGCGAAGUUCAUGCCUCGUUUUCCCUUUAAAUUAUUGUUUUGUUUAUAUGAGAAGGUGGGCUGGCCUGCUUGCUAAGAUCUCAGCUCGGCUCGAGCAACUUGGAUCGCAGCAAGCAGGCCAGGCUGGCGCACCUCAUAUGAACCGACCUUUAGAGAGACAUAGCCUUAAUAGACUUUAAAUGUUUCUCUAAUGGAUUAACUUUUCAGACUCCCUGAUUAUUCUCUGGAAGUUCAACAGUUCUCCUGAUCAGAAUGGAAAUGAUAUAUUUAUGGACACUGAAGGUAUUGAAAGCAAGGAAUCCUGGACUUUUUACAAGGCCCUAAGGUAAAAAUUUAAUAGCCAAAUUGUACAAACUCAGAGAUGUACCCAUAGAGUGCAUUUGAAACUAUAUUUAGAGUUGUCUUUUCCUGUAAACAAAGACAAGGAAAAUGACUGAAUGCAAGUUGCAUUGACAGUAGGGAGCUAUUCAAAGUGGCUUCUAAUUUUAACGAACUGUCAGCAGGCGUAUUUUACAGAAUGCCGAAUGACGCAGAAGUUUUUGAUCAAUGUUAAGAAGCAGUGAAUCAAGUUCCCAUUUGAGUCGUUAAACCUGGCAAAUUGAACUGGAACUUUAUUCGUCUCUAAACCCUUUUCAUUGUCAAACUUAUCACAAGAAUUCCUGACAGUUUCCCUUUAACCCAUUCGCCCCUGAACCGCCCGUAACCGCCCGUGCGGAUCCAGGUCCUUUCUACCCUUUGUGACGUCAUCAGUUUUAACGGUCAAGGACAACUUUCUUCGCACACGUGUGCAGAGUGAAGAGAUCUUUCAAACCAUACCAGAAUGAGCACAAUUCAGUCAAGGACACCGGAGAAAGAAGCAAAAAACCAUGUGACAAGGACCUGAAAAUCUCCAUGAAAAUCUUGUUCCAUUACCCACCUACCUUUCCUUUCACCUAAUCCUAAGAUCCUAAAAGCUUUCCUAAAAACUCUUCCCACCAAAAUGAAGCCUACUAAAUGCCCAGCAAGAGGAAAAAAAAAUGAGGCAAGAAAAGCGAAAAAAGAAGGGAGGAGAGAAAGCGAAAAGUAAAAGUCAAGACUGCUGUGUCACUUUUAAACCCAAAAACUAUGUCGAAAUUUUGCUUUCUGCGCAUGCCCGAACUUCGCAAGCUGAUAUUUUGCAUCUGGAUCAGAAGGCCGCCAAGUGUACGACCUGUAAACCGGUUUGUGGUAAGUUUUAGCUCUUUAUAGCACGACAGUGACCAGAAAACCACUUGACUAGCUUCAAAACGCGUUUUUCGGCAAAAUCUCCAGGAGCGAAUGGGUUAAUGUAUUUUAAAAUAUUAUUUUAAGAAUGUUUUUAUCACAAAUCUCUUGUUUUAUUAACUGUAAUGCAGGGGUCACAUAGAGGAUGUUUAUGAUCUAUCCUGGUCUUCAGAUGGUACCAAUCUGAUAUCUGGAUCAAUAGACAACAGUGCCAUUAUCUGGGACAUCGUGAAAGGUAUAUAUGCAUAUUCCAUAAUUAUGACUCCACAUGGUAGUGCUGAGUUCAAUAAAAUUACUGUGGAGUGUGGAGGAGUUGGGGAGGAGAGGAAGCCACAUUUUCAGUGCUCUAAGAGUUGGAAGUAUAAAUUUAGUUUUAAAAGUUGCAAAAAAAACUUUUUAUGUUUUGGGCAUGACCACUAUUUUCAAAAAAAGAUGCAGACAAAACUAGUGAAUUAUUAAGAAUAACUUAAUACAAAAAUAAAUAACUUUUUUGUUGAUUUUAUUCAGGGCAAAAACUUAUGAUCUUGAAGGAUCACAAACAUUAUGUACAGGGAGUUUGCUGGGAUCCACUUAGUCAAUUUGUGGUAACAAAUUCCAGUGACAGGUAAUUUGCUGUUAGCCAUGUUAAAUUUUUACUAUUAACUUUCUAUUCCCCCCUUCCCUCCUCAGUCAGUCCCUCAUUUCUGUGAUUCAGAGGAAAAAAACUUCUAGAUAGGUUCUUUUAGAAUGUUGAAAUAUUUCGAGAACAUUAAUUAUUAAUAUCAUAUACAUGGUAAAAGCAAUAAAUAUUUUCUUUAAUCAUGUAUUUGUAUACCGAAAAAUUCCGAAAAUAAGCCGCGGGGCUUAUAUUUUUCAACAGCCCUUUUCGAGGGGCUUAUUUUUGGAGGGGCUUACUUAGGGAAUGUUAAAGAAAUGUAUUAAAAGCUCAUUGGCAGCAAAUGUUUCCAAGGACAUACAUUAAUUUAUUUUCUGUUUUGCAGGAGCUGUAGAUUGUACAAUCCAAAUUCUUAUCGCUGCUGUUAUAACAUUAAUAAGCUGAUCUUGAAUAACUCUCAAAAGGCAACAGAAAUUGGAGAGGUAUGUUGUGUAUUAAUAAUUUGUUUCAUUAUUAUUUGAUAUACAAUACUUUUCAGUGACAUACAUUGUAUUUUGAAGAGUGCAGAAAAAUUGCCAAAAGCUGAAUGACUCUUAAGUUUCGUGAUGUAUAGUAUAGGGUUAGGAAACUGGGUAUAUCAAGUUCCAGUUCAGUUCACCCUGUACAGUGACUCUAACUGGAUGUAAGUCCCUAAGAAGCCAUAAAUAAGGUGUUCAGCAAAAUACAGUUGAAUUUGCCACAUAUAAAUGUCCUUUCCAGGAUUUACAUUCCUUUAUUUUUGCAGUCUGUAGAAAACCUACUCUAUAAAUGCAUAUCCUUGACAAGGCAUUGUCUACAAUCUAUCCUGUCUGCAGCAUAAUAUGCUUUUAUAUUAUAAAAAGCAAACAUGCAUUGCUCUAAUACACAGCAAGUACUACAAUAACUCCUUUGCUCUUUAUUUAGUCCAUCAAGCAAGGAAAAAUGUUUCAUGACGAGACCAUGCCAUCCUUUUUUCGAAGACCAAGUUUUUCUCCAGAUGGCUCUUUGCUGUUAGUCCCAGGUAGGAAAUUAAAAGACACAAAGAACCAACAAAAAUAUUUUUACGUUACUAAGGACACUUCAGUAAAAGCCUACAAAUCCUAUCCCGUUGCUAAAAAAUUUCAUUCACCUUUUCCAUUGCACCACAUUUGUGUAUGGAAUCUAUGUACUUACCAUGUACAUUGUUAUUUUAUUACUUGUCUUGAUUGGCAGCUGGACGCAUUGACGUUGGCGACCAGGUGGUCAAUACAACUUAUGUCUUCACACGAGCAUCACCAAACAAGUGAGUUAAAGUUGUUUCACUGCAUUUAUUCUCGAUUCGCACAGGAAUCAAGAAUCGCGAAUCGAGUCGAGAAUCGAGACUCGCAACGGACUGUCAACUUACUUUUAAACGGUAAUGUAGCUGCUUGUGUAGUCAACAAGACACCAAAAGGUUUAAAUCAUGUGCCUCCAUACCAAUGGGUGUCUCAAAUGGCAGGUAAAAAAACCAUAGGUCACUGGUCAGAGCUGUAUUGAUAAAUAUGACUGAAAUAACCACUUUCCCCUUAAGCUAAAACUCUAUUUCAGAUGGUGAUUAGAGCUAGGAGACACUUUCAGUCAAUUAAUGUACAGUGACUUGUACUCUAACUUGCACUUGUGACAUUUGACCUGCAUUUUUUCACCUGCUGGUCUCGAAAACUAAGACCUAAGUCUUCGAAAGUUAAGACCUGAAUAUACCUGUGUUGUUGUAAGGAGAUGCUGUUUCCACGCAGUUUUGAAUGAGAGAGACUUAGUUUUGAAGUCUUAGUGAAGUUUUCAACGUCUUAGAUUUCAAGGUAUUUAUAAUUUUCCAGGUUAUUUGUGUGGGUUGGAGUGGUUACAUCAGGUGUAGACAAUGCUAGAAAUGUUAUGACAUCUCACAGGCAACUCCCUAGUUUUAUUUUAAAGUGUUCAUUUAUUCUAGUACUAGGUCAUUUUUGGCACUUUUGGUUUUAAGGUGUUAGUUUUUUAGUUCAUCGGUCUUAGUUUUUCAUACAACCCAUACAAAAAUUAAUCAGAUCUUGUUUACUGUGGGUAAUGUCGACCGAGAUAUCGGUCGAUAUAGCGGUCGACACUCGGUCGAUAGUCGGUCGACACUCGGUCGACACUCGGUCGAUAGUCGGUCGACACUCGGUCGAUAGUCAGUCGACACUCGGUCGAUACUCGGUCGACAGUUGGUCGACAUAGCGGUCGAUAGUCGGUCGACACUUAGCAUUUCCUACAUUUUUUGGCUUGGAAAACAAGAAAUUAGAAAGCAGUUUCUAGCUUGGACCUAACUGUUUUUUUAAAUUGUGCUUCUGCUUUUUUAAUUUCAAACUUCAAUGUACUUAGCCAAAAUUACGGAAUAAUAGCUAUUAGUCAUUUAUCUAGCCUUUUCUUUUAAUUCAUGUGGACGGGAUUUAGCCUAUCUGUAUCGAUGCCCACCACCUUUUCGCAGACGUUUCCUCCCCUGGUGUUUUUUUAGGGGUGGGGGUGUCUCGCUACGCGUAGCCGGCUAGAAUUGAAUCAUGAAGAAGUCCGCUAAGUGAGAAUGAUAGGCCUUCAUGCAGCUUCUUGUUAUGUGAUUUAUUCCCACCGUGUAAGGCCUAUAUCUGGCUGAUUUUUCCUAUGCCGAGAAUUUUUCAACCGACUCAGAAUUACAUUGAUGAAAAAAUGUAUUUACCGUUCAUUUUUUUUUAAACUUGUUUUUCCUUAACAAGUUAAGAUAAUAUUAAUGUUAACGCGGCGCAUCUGUUUUCCUUUUAUUGGAUGACCAAAAGUGACUUACCAUUCAAUAUUAAUUUCUGUAUACGCAUGGUCGUCUUUAUUUUGAACACAAUAUAAAUAUGAAGCAAAAGGACAGGAUAAUGUAAUGAGAACGUAUGAGUAUUUUCCUUGCUGUAAAUUGAAAUCAUUCCCACAAUAAAUGAAUGUGUUCAGUCUGCUGGAUAUUUUUGUCACCUUCCUCGGCGCAUUAUCAGCGCAUUUUAUCAAUAAGUGAUUGUUAAACAAAGGACUGUUCCCGUCUUCAAUGCAGAAAUAUAUAGGUUUAAUUUGUGGUCUCUGCACAAACGAGAACUUGGCGUGAUGAAGCAGGUCAAAGCUCUAUAAUAAAAGAUGUGUAUUCCUCGCUCUUAAAGCAUGUCAUCAACUGCCUUUUCCUAUUCAUUAUUCGUCCACUUCGGGACUGCGGGAGCAGUCAUUUCACUCGUCCUUAUUAAGUAUUCUUCGACUGCGGGACCACAGGAGCAGCAGAUUCAACUUAGGCUGAGACAGGUUCUGUUUAACAGCUAAAACUCAGACGAUCGGAGAUGAUAAAAACUGGAAAAAAAAUGGUUAUCAUGUCCUUAGUUCCCAGUGCUCUUCGGUUCCCUUCAUAGAGCAAUCGCGCCUCGCACUGCCACAUGUUCCCCCAUCGCAUGAUAACAGUAAUUAAUGACGUCUUUGCUAAAAAAAAAAAGCCAUUGGACUCACCUGAUAAAUUAACACAUGACUGAUAUUCGAACGACAGUUGACCGAUAUACCACCGACAGUUGACCGAUAUACCACCGACAGUUGACUGAUAUACCACCGAUAGUUGACCGAUAUAUCACCAACAUAUGACCGAUAGUAAGUCGAGGUGCGUCGUUGAAAUAUCGACCGAUACUUGGCCGAUAGUCUAUCUCACUAUCGACCGACUAUCGACCAACCAUCGACCGACUGUCGACCGACUAUCGACCGACUGUCGACCGCUAUAUCGACCGCUAUGUCGACCGAUAUCUCAGUCGACAUUACCCACAGUAAACAAGAUCCAAUUAAUCUACUUCAGCUUAUUGUCAGGUGGUGUUCAUAAUGGCAUGAUGAAAAUUAUCACUACAUUGUAGUUUCUUAACUUCUUGCACCCUUGAUUUUUUUUAGCCUCCAGCUGAUAAUUCAAGCCAAAACUGACAUCCAAACCCAGUAAUAUAGCUUUUAACUUACACCUGUAUCACCCCUAUUUUUAAACCUCCCAUUGAUAUGAACCAAUUCCCUUUUCGCAGGAGGUUUAACAGACCAUGAUUCUACUAUAUUUCUGAAAUUUGUUUUGCAGACCAGUCCUUUACCUUCCCAGUCCCCAGAAGGCCUCUGUAGCAGUGCGCUUUUGUCCCAUUCUGUUCAAACUUAGACAAGAGCAAGGUACAUGUUAUGUUGAAGCUGUUGUCUUUAAAUUCUAUUAAGGUCUGUUGGCAAAUUUGUAACAUUUACAAUUUUCUUCAGGUAGCUUUCUAUUACAACUAUUUCUGCUAAUAAUAUUUAUUUAAAAGAGAAAAAGGAUGAGAGUGUGCACCAUAAUUGUUAAAAUUAUGUUUACAAUAGAGAUGAAUUAGAGGAAAAUCUCACAAAUUGUGGAAAAAAUCAAUUCAGCUCAGCUCAGUAGCUGUACAUGUAGGAUGCUAUUGCUUUGUUUCCUUAUCAUGCAAGAAACCUUGCUGAUCGUGAACGUCAUCUCCCUAAUUCACCCACGUGUAUAAAUAUGGGCACCAGCCACGUACUGCUAGAGGUAACCCAGGGUUUGCAAAUUGUAUUGAUGAGUGGAGUCACUGUGACUUCUGCUUCACAAAUUUUGGAGUCAUUUUGGAAUAUUUGGAGUCAAGUAUCACAACGAAAAAAGCCAUUUUCAGGCUUUCCAGCACGUGGUCCUGGCAUGUUUACACUAUCGUGAGGGAUCGAGGGAUACACAAAGUAGCUGUGUCGGUCCGCUGACCUGGAAAGCUAAAAUCCACGAUGGCGGUCAUCGAGUAAACUUUUAUCGUAAUUUACCCUCUUCCUGUUUUGUCGUGCAGCAUAAUUCUUUAAUUUUGAUGAUUUAAUUAAGGUUUACAACGUUUACAAUUAACAUAAAUUGUAUUUGUUGCGAAAAAGAUAAGGACAAAACUGUGUUUGUUACCGAAAAUUUCUGGAGUCGAAGUGGUUCCCUGUUUAUUACCGAAAAUUUCUGGAGCCGAAGUGACUCCCUCCGUAACCUCAGUGGAGUCAUAUGAACAAUUUUGGCAUAAAAUACACCAAAUUUGGCAUAUUUGCGAACCCUGGGUAACCUUUCGAUGGUCUUGCACCUAGGGGGUAGAAACAAAAUUCUAUAUAGGUUGUGAACCUGUGGGCUUACAGGUGUAUGUGUAUACACGUACCUUUACAUUUAUUGAUUAUAUACACAACACAUACAUUAUAACAUAAGUUGUAACUUUACUUAUUUCUUUCCUCAAGUAGCAGCUACUCCUGUCAAGAGUCUGUUCAAGUAAGCUAGUUUCUUGUCUUACUACCUUUAACUCUAAUAAUAUUGCAGGUGUGAAUGGGUCAACGUUAAUAUUAACGUAUAUUAAUGUUGACCCAUUGACACCUCAGCUCAGGCCAAGUCAUAACAACUUGUGAGGAACCACAUCUCUUGUGCAUCUUGUAACAUCAUCAGUCUCAAUACAGUCAAAUCUCCCAUAAGUGACCACCCAAAAUGCAAAGACCUGGCGGUCACUUACUGGAGGUGGUCGUUUACGAGAGGUUCCAGUAUGAGGCUUUGACUGAGAACAUUUUUGCUGUUUUCGGAAGGCAGUUGCCUACGCAAGGUUUGACUGUACUCUUCUGCUGCGCAUAUACCCCAAAUGUGUGUGAUCCAGUCAAACAGGCCAGAGGCUAGACCAAUGCAACCGAUGAUGGACCCUAUCGAACUUUGACUGGAAAAUUCGUGUGAAAUAAUCAUCAACCCGCUUAAUCUCCUCCAGUUAACCUUUUAUUAACCAUGCACAAGCUACGUAUACAUGCCUUGCACCCUGAGGUUUCAUUUUUCAGUUUGAGGAUUAUUGAGGAGGUUUAGGGUACUGGCUUCAUGGAGAUAAGAUUAGCAAUACAAUAAUAAUCUGUCAUUACUUGAACAAAUUCCAACUUCAUUUUGUCCAUUCCUUAAAUCCUACUGUGUAAGAAAAAUAAAAAAAAACAUACUUGGGUAUCAUCUGCGUGGCAGGCGUUCGAAAGGGAAGGGAAAGGGAAUUAGGGCGCGAGACCACACGCGAGGGAGGAGCGCGCCUAAAUUCCCCCCUUCCUCUUCCCCUUUUAACGCCUGCCACGCAGGCUAACACCAUUAUUGCUGUAAUUGCUAAUGUACUGAAUUGACAUGAAAUAAAACAUUAUUGCAGAUUGCCAUACCGCAUGGUGUUUGCAGUGGCAACUUUGGAUUCAGUCCUGUUGUAUGACACUCAACAAACAGCUCCGUUUGGCUUUGUUGGAAGCAUUCAUUAUGCAGCACUCACAGAUGUUACUUGGUACAUUAAUUAACUGAUAACUCACUCAAUGGUUUAAUAAGAAGCACAUACAAGUGUGCAGAAACAUCUAUUUCUAAUCAAAUCAUCUCCUUGGUUGUCUUGAUUUUCACCUGACUCGAACAAUAUGAUAAUAAUUAAAAUAUUGUCUCUUUGAUAUCAUGGCAUUUCAAGAAUUUAGGGCUGGUGUUCUUCAAGCAUUAGUGACGAUUUACUGAGAAGCAUUUUUAGUAACACUUGCUUGUCAUUGCUGCUGAUUACAAUUCUCACAUAUCUGGGCUUCCAGGCAGCUCAUUUGUCUUACCAGACAAUUUUCACAUCAAAGAUUACAAUAUCAUGUGGUAUUUAUCUGAUGAUGAUGAUUGAUCGUAACAAAUGCUUACUAGAAUGGUCCUAAUGACCACUGAAACUCACAGCUUAAAAGAGUUAUGCUUUCUUCAAGUAAGUUGCUAAAACCUCUACCCCUGUGUAAGUGUUAGGUUUUAUUCCCGUUCAGAGUUCAGGGUUUUUUCUGUCCAAACUGAGGUGAAGAGGAUUUGCAUAACAUAUUUUUUGUUUCCUGUUGUAUUUAGGUCCAGUGAUGGAAGCACACUUGUUGUGUCCUCCUCUGAUGGAUACUGUUCUAUUGUUCAAUUCAAUCAAGGAGAGCUUGGCGAACCUUACGACCUGUCAAUCAAACAAGUGUUGGAUAGAAGCAUCUCACCACUAACGCUAAAUGGUGAUAGUUCAGGUUGGUGUCCCUGUUGGUUGAUAUUGUAUUAUCACCUUAUACUGAUGUUACACGGGACGAUUUGCAACGACGAUCUUUAGCGCAGCACAGCAUUACAACAUUGUUGUGACAUUGUUUCGAAUGAUUGCAACAUUGUUCCAACAUUGCCACGCUGUGUUGCGCUCAAAAUCGUCCUUACGAAUCGUCUCGUGUAAAAUCACCUUUAGACAAGAAAUUAUAUUCCCAUUUUUAUCUCACUAACCAAGUGUUUUUCCUCUCUCCGCCCCAAUCUCUCCUUCUUUUUUCACUACUGUAAUUCAUCAGACUAUCUUUGCAUGAGGACCUUAAGCAAAGAUGAUGGCCAUGGCAACGAGAAUGGCUAAAAAGGAAUAGGUUUGGAUUGGCAAAACAAAAAUCUGCACGGGUAUAAUGAAUGCUUUUUCGUACAUUUCUUUGCCGUCACUUCACGACUACGACCUGAAACGUCCUAAUUUCAAGUCUUAUUGAGGACGUGAACACUUAGAUACAGUCCUUUAGACUGCAACUCUUGAAAAAAUCGCCAACAUUUGACAACUUUAAACAGUUGGAAUAGGAGCGAUGAAGUUUGAACAGCGCGAAUUCCGCACUUUUUGGGUUACGUUUUGGCUGCCGUGUUUCGCGAUUUCAGUAAGCAAAUGUGAAAAAGGGCAUUAUUGAAUUUCGCGAUUCAAGCGUUCUCAACUUCGUUAUAUUUCUCAAAAUAGUCAGAACUUUUUCAAAUUUCCAGAAAAACUGGAGCAAGCGCUGAAACUAUGGUUAAAAAGUACCUUGUAAGAAUGUUAUUGUUAUUCCACAACAGAAGAUACAAAAUGGAACUUACCACCAAAACCAGUUAAAAGUUCAUCUGUGUAUUAGUCGGCACAUCUCCUGUAUACCGUAAAAUUCCGAAAAUAAGCCCCUCCAAAUCGUAACGCAAAAAACCCUUCGUUAAAUCGCCCCUCCGAAUAUAAGCCCCCUGGGGGGCUUGUACUUGGAAUUUGCCCUCGAAUACAAAGUAAAACGAAGCAAAAAUGGUAAAUUUCCUUCCCACUGCAAGCUACCCCUAUCGAUUUUGAAACGCAAAUUUCCCUCCGUACAUAAGCCCCUCUGGAUAUAAGCCCCUCAAAAAGGGCCUUUGAAAAAUAUAAGCCCCGGGGCUUACUUUGGGAAUUUUACGGUAUACGGUUAUUUCUGUUUUUUCCCUGUGGUUUGCAUUUUUUUCAUGGGUAUUAAAAUUUCUCGUGUUUAAAUGUUGCGAAGACUUCUAUUCACGGUUGUUUAAUUUGGUGAUUUCUCUUACAAUCGCGAAAAAACGCGAGAUUUAAGCCCCGCGAAAAUAACUACCAACGAGGUAAAUUUUUCCUGUGUGUGAGCAAAAAUUAUUGUAACUAAGGCCUAGGCCAAACGUCGUUCAUGAAAAAGUUCGACUUCUGGCUCAGUUAAAUUCGUCUGAAUGAGUUUGGAUCGUCGAAACGAUUUUCUAUCCGUCUGAAGCAGACAGAUCAAAACGCCUUACGAUCCUCUCCGGGACAAACCAUUUCAUGAGACGAACUGAACUAAUAACUUAAACAUUUUUAUGAUAACGUAUAUUUAGUACCGUUCGGGAGAAAAUUUAUUACUGAUCUGAUUCAGUUGAUUGGUUCAACGCGUUCUAAGUUCGACGUCUGACCCAACAGAGAAAGAAAAAUUAUUUACGGCUCUGCUGCAACGGCAAUCCCAUAACUUGGCUUAAUCAAGAGUGUUUUCACAUGCAUUGCUUAACACUUUGUUCAAUUGCUUUACAGGCAAAAUGGGCAAUAAACAGACAUCAGCCCUUAUAGAUAAAUGUAACGCUGAGGAAAAGGUGGAUAAAUCUUCUCAACCCACGCACAAGAAAGAUCCAGCUGGCAGGAUUGAAAUGUUUGCGGUCCCAAUGAAAAUCACACCAACCAAGCCGCUUACUAAAGCGACACCGAAAAGGAUAACCUUGACACCGGUUCCUGUUGCUUCCAAUCCAACUAACCAGGUCACUGUACAGCAAGUUACAAGUACAGCGCCAAACUCUGCUAAAAAUACAGCAUUUAUGCCAGCUCAGAAACAAGUUAACGUGGCCAGUUCUCCAGUGAAUGCUAUGGGGAGUCAGAUCACACCGAGACGUGUUCCCCUAAUGCCAGCCAGUAACAGUCAGCCUAAGAAGAAUAAUACAUGUGGGCAGGUUACUCCAAGACGAGUACCUCUUACACCCGUGGACACUGCCACACCCAGCACAAGUUCACCAUCCGCUAAUGGACUCAAACAGGGACAAAAUACUUCAGAGAGCAAAGAUUCUGCCCGUAGUGUUCCCCAAGUCUCAACGUCGUCUUCAGGUCAUUCUGGAGCAGAAAACAAAAGCAUUGAGCGUCAAACCUCAUCUGGCAGUGCACCGAGGAGGAUAAAAUUAACAACGCUGUCCACCUUUGUUGAAGGAUCUACCCCUCCAAGGAAGUCAUCAGAAAUCAAUCCAAAGUCCAGUGAAACAGUAGGGUUCAUUAGCAAAGAAGCAGAACCACAAUGUACCCUCAAAUCUACACCUGACUCGACAAUCAACAGCUCUCAGCCGAGAAGGAUAGCACUGACCUCUGUUCCACUGGAAGACAAAACAAAGUUGUCCGGUUUGAAGAAAUCUGAAACAUCUGUUGUUGACAAGGAAAACCACUCAAGUAAUCAGGUUCCAAGUAAUAAACCGCUUCAACCAAGAAGAGUGGAAUUUACGACUCUCACAUCUCCCGCAAAGAAGAAGAGUACGGUGGAAGGUUUACCAAACAGCUCUAAAACAUCUCCGCGGCAAGACGCGCCAAGACGGCAUAUACCACUAGAACCCACAAUAAUUGUCUUAGACGAUAACAACUGA